GGGGCCUCGCGGCCCGGGCCGGGAGGAGCUGACAGGGCCGCAGCGGCUAACCCGCAACCCCACUUUCUUGGAACGUGCCUGAGCUGCUGCAGCUGGCACCUGGCAGCGCUCAGCGAAGAGGGCUGGGGGCGGGAGAUGACGGUGAUUUCCUCCCUGCUUGGCCCUCGGCGAGCACCGACUCCCUUCUCCUCGCGGCCCCAGGGCUGCAGACGAAGCAGAGAUCUGGUUGGAGUUGGAGGUUGAAAGAAAAUGAAUUCCUUUUCUAGUUUACCUGCAGAGAACGUAACCAUUGCAGUCAAUAUGACCAACAGUUUGCCUACAACAGUAACACAUGGAUUUAAUUCCACUAAUGACCCACCUUCAAUGUCAAUAACAAGGCUUUUUCCAGCCUUACUAGAAUGCUUUGGCAUAGUCCUUUGUGGCUACAUAGCAGGAAGGGCCAAUGUCAUAACAUCAACACAGGCCAAAGGACUGGGAAAUUUUGUCUCCAGAUUUGCACUUCCAGCUUUAUUAUUCAAAAACAUGGUUAUACUUAAUUUUUCCAAUGUUAAUUGGUCUUUCCUAUAUAGUAUCUUAAUUGCCAAAGCUUCUGUAUUUUUUAUUGUAUGUGUAUCAACUUUAUUGGUCGCCAGUCCUAAUAGUCGAUUUAGCAAAGCUGGACUAUUCCCUAUAUUUGCUACACAAAGUAAUGACUUUGCAUUGGGAUACCCUAUAGUUGAAGCUUUGUAUCAAACUACAUACCCAGAAUAUCUCCAGUACAUUUAUUUGGUGGCACCAAUAUCUCUUAUGAUGUUAAACCCUAUAGGGUUUAUCUUUUGUGAAAUCCAAAAGUGGAAAGAUACUCAAAAUGCUUCUCAAAACAAAGCAAAAAUUGUCGGACUUGGAUUUCUGCGUGUAUUACAGAACCCAAUAGUAUUUAUGGUCUUCAUUGGUAUUGCUUUCAAUUUUAUUCUUGAUCGAACGGUGCCUGUAUAUAUAGAAAAUUUUCUCGAUGGACUUGGAAAUUCUUUUUCUGGAUCAGCCCUAUUUUAUCUUGGUCUUACGAUGGUAGGAAAAAUAAGGAGACUGAAGAAGUCAGCAUUUGUUGUACUGAUUCUUCUCAUCACAGCUAAACUCUUGGUGCUGCCACUCCUAUGCAGAGAAAUGGUGGAACUCUUGGACAAGGGCGACAGUGUAGUGAAUCAUACAAGUUUAUCGAAUUACGCAUUUUUGUAUGGUGUCUUUCCUGUAGCACCAGGAGUGGCUAUCUUUGCAACACAGUUCAACAUGGAAGUAGAAAUUGUAACCUCAGGGAUGGUAAUAAGCACAUUUGUGUCUGCUCCCAUCAUGUACGUUUCUGCCUGGUUACUGACCUUUCCCACUAUGGACCCAAAGCCAUUGGCAUAUGCCAUCCAGAAUGUUAGUUUUGAUAUAAGUAUUAUCAGCUUGGUCUCUUUGAUCUGGUCUCUGGCUAUUCUUCUUUUGAGUAAGAAAUAUAAACAGCUUCCUCAUAUGCUUACAACUAAUUUACUCGUUGCUCAGUCUAUUGUCUGUGCUGGAAUGAUGAUAUGGAAUUUUGUUAAAGAAAAAAAUUUUGUUGGACAAAUUUUGGUGUUUGUUCUAUUAUACAGCUCCCUCUAUAGCACCUACCUGUGGACAGGCCUCCUAGCAAUUUCUCUGUUUCUUUUGAAAAAGCGAGAGAGGGUACAAAUUCCUGUUGGAAUCAUCAUAAUAUCUGGCUGGGGAAUCCCUGCUCUCCUUGUUGGUGUUCUUUUGAUAACUGGAAAACACAAUGGAGAUAGCGUUGACUCAGCCUUCUUUUAUGGAAAAGAGCAGAUGAUCACCACAGCAGUAACCCUGUUCUGCAGCCUUCUGAUAGCCGGGGUAUCACUCAUGUGCAUGAACCACACCACCCACGCAGGAAGCUAUGAAGGUUUCGACCAGUCUCAGAGCCACAAAGCAGUGGAGCCUGGAAACACUGCUUUUGAAGAGAGUCCAACACCAGUAAAUGAACCAGAACUUUUUAUAAGCUCUAUCCCAGAAACAAAUGAUCGUUGUGUGAGUCCCUGUAACUCCCAGAGCUGCAUAUUAGCCCAGGCAGAACAACAGUAUCUACAGAGUGGAGACCAGCAACUAACUCGACAUGUAUUGCUGUGUUUACUUCUCAUUAUUGGCCUGUUUGCUAAUCUUUCCAGUUGUUUAUGGUGGCUAUUCAACCGAGAGCCUGGAAGACUGUAUGUUGAGUUACAGUUUUUCUGUGCCGUGUUUAACUUUGGCCAGGGAUUUAUUUCCUUUGGAAUCUUUGGAUUAGAUAAGCAUUUAAUCAUCCUGCCUUUCAAAAGAAGACUUGAGUUCCUAUGGAACAAUAAAGAAACAGCAGAAAAAAGGGAUUCUCCUGUUUCUGAGGAAAUAAAAAUGACCUGUCAACAGUUUGUGCAUUAUCACCGUGACCUCUGUAUCCAAAACAUUGUCAAGGAAAGAAGGUGUGGUGCAAAGACUUCUGCCGGGACCUUUUGUGGCUGCGACCUGGUGAGCUGGCUAAUUGAAGUCGGCCUUGCCUCUGACCGUGGUGAAGCUGUGAUAUACGGAGAUAGACUGGUGCAAGGGGGAGUCAUCCAACACAUUACCAACGAAUAUGACUUUCGAGAUGAGUACUUGUUUUACAGAUUUCUUCAAAGGAGUCCUGAACAGAGUCCUACUGCUAGUAAUACAACCACCCCCCAACAAGAAAGAUACAAAGAAAUUGAGCAUUCAUCCCUAUCCUCACUUUCCCCUAAGACCUAAAUUAUGAAAGGGAGAACCCCAUAUGGAAUUAUAUUCUAGCCCCAGGUCUGUUACUUUUUAGCUAUAUGACCUUAGGCAAGUUAUACCUCUCUGAGCCUCAGUUGCCUCUUCUGUAAAAUUUCACAAGAUGCUUUCCUAACCCAUGCUAAAGGUCUGUGAUUUUAUGUGUAACUAAAACACAUAGGAAACUGACUUAGGCAAAAGAAAACAAAAUCAAAAUUUAAAGUUCUGAUAAUGAAUAUAAUAAUUACAGUCAUUCCUCAUUAUCCACAGGGGAAUGGUUCCAGUGUUCCUGCAGCUACCAAAAUCUGAGAAUGUUCAAGUCCCUUUUAUAAAAUGGUGAAGUAUUUGCAUAUAACCUACUC